AUGAAGUCCUUUGCACUGCUGUCCGCUCUUUACGGCCUGGGGUCUGCCCACUUUCUCCUCAACUACCCCAAAUCCAUUGGCUUCGAUGAUUCGGGUGAAAGCAGUGCUCCCUGUGGCGGAUUUACACCAGACUUGUCCAAGGACUUGGUCGACUUUCAUGUGGGCGGUGAUGCCAUCUCCGUGAAGCUCACCCACCCCCAAGGCAAUUGGCUCUUCCGUGUCACCACUGAUGAGAAGGCUGAAUCCGGUUGGGAACAGAUCUUCCCCAUUGUGCAACAGACGGAGCUGGGAGACUUUUGCGAGCCUCAAGUCACAGUGCCCAGCAAAUACGCCGGCAAGAAGGGCGUCCUCAGUGUCGUUUCGUCUGCAACGGAUGGUCUUCUGUACCAGUGCGCUGUUGUCAACUUCGUCGACGGCAAGGGUGACAAACCGUCUGCCUGCGUGAAUGCGUCAAGCAUCAAGGCCUCGUUCACCGACGAUUCCAAGCUUACUGCACUCGUGGGCAAUGGCUCGUCAUCUACACCUACAUCUGGCUCUGGCUCUGGAUCCAGCACUGCAUCGAAGACGUCGGCUACCUCGACAGCUACACAUACUGGUGCUGCGUCAUCGCUUCAUGCUUGGUCCACCACCAGCGCGGGAUGGGGUGGUGCGUUGACUACUCUGUGCAUGGCAAUGCUGGGUGGAGCUCUGAUGAUUUAA